UAAUUUCUGGACGCUGUCAAUCAUUACGUGUUAUGACAUGUCAGCAAAAUAACUCGUCAGCUGACUGGCAAAUUAAAGUUUCAUAAAUCGAACUUGCCUGCAAAACAACCUCGACAUCGUAGGAGUUGCCUUUGCUCUUCUGGUGUCCUCGGAACUUGGAGCCGCUGUACAGAAGCGAGGCGACAACCCCGGGCUGGUGGGUGUUGAUCGGGGGAGCCGGGAUAAGCGAGGCCGAGGAUGUGAAGGCCAUGGGGGUGUUACGGAGGUAUCCAGCGGGGACAGGCAUGAUUCGGGUACCGCGGGGAGGACACCGACCGCAGUCAGUGGCCGUCCGGGCGAUAGACGUGGGAAGGGGGUACGGAGAGCACGAAUGAGGCGGCUCACCUACAUCCAAAUACCUCCAAAUCUGUACCUCCAAAUCUGUAAGCACUUCAGUCACCACCAGUCUCGAGUAAAGUAAGCGGAUUUUGACGCAGGUGCCGUAAGGCAGCAGCAUCCUCCUCUCUCAUUAGCUGAGGAAUUUCAGUGAUCUAAAACCUCGCUCCUGACUGGCUUAUUUAGCGCAAUGCUCUCUGGGAAGUGUGAGGAUGUCGUUUUUUCCUCUCUGGUACUGUUCCAUUCUGGUUGAUUUUAUAACCACUAUGGAACUACGUUUCCCAUGUAUCUGGGAAUUCUGCCGUCUGUCAAACACGGAAGGUCAAUCUCAUGUAGAGAUGCGAUGCAUUGCAGUGAGAGGUGUGUGGAAAUACAAUCGUAUUUCUCCAAAUGGUUAGUUUUAGGUCAGUCAACCUUCAACUACUCUUCAGUCGUUUCUUAUAGUGACCGCAAUAUUUCCUACAUUUUGAAUAGCGACACUAUCCGGUAUUCAUAAUUCCUGCUAGCUAACGUUAAUGCAAGUUUUGAACCCCACUUGGAUUGGGAAAACUUGUUUGUUAAUAACUCUUGUCACUGACACGAUGCUGAGGAAUCUUGUGAGAUUGCACAGUCGUGUGGGGCAUGCCCUCUCUCCCCCCAUUGUCUACCCAAGAAGUCAAGCUCUCAAGCUGCCGCUCACUCUACUCUCUGUGAACUCAAAAUAUUACUCCAUUAUCACAGAAAGAAAGAAAUUCUACAAGGAUGUCAGCAUAUCCCACGGAGAGGCAGGUGGCAUGUUUGAGAUCAACCUGGACCAACGGAAAAUGAAGACACCAGGAGGAAAGCUGUUCACAGCCCCCAACGAAGCCUUAGCCAUUGCUGUGGCAAAUGAGUGGGAUACUCAGAAAGACACGCUCAAGUUCUACAGCAUGCAUAUGACCACUCUCUGCAACACAGCCCUCGAUAACCCUACAUUCCGCAGCAAGGACCAAAUAAUCACUGCUGCCCUGAAGUAUCUGGAGACUGACACAAUUUGUUACAGAGUUGAGGAGCCUCCAACUUUAGUGGAGCUUCAGAAUAAUGAAUGGGACCCUGUGCUGAACUGGAUUGAAGACAGGUACAACGUAGUCAUUGGCUCUUCUACCAAUAUACUGGGGCCAGAGAUCCCACAGGCAACGAUGGAUACUUUUCGCCAGCACCUGGGUUCCUAUAACUUCUGGUCCAUGACAGGACUGGAGUAUGUGAUCACCCAGCUGAAGUCUGUGGUGCUGGCAUUUGCAUUGAUUGACAAACACAUUACAGUGGAGCAGGCCGUGCUGCUGUCACGACUAGAGGAGGAGUUCCAGAUCGGGCAUUGGGGAAAUGUAGAGUGGGCUCAUGAUGUUGACUUGUAUGAGCUGAGAGCACGUACAGCAGCAGGGGCUCUGUUUGUACAUUUCUCCUCUGAGAGUUCAACGGUCAAACGCAAACUCAUGCAAGACUAAGGAGGCCCUUCGGCGCUUCCCUGAGUCAAACAUACAAGCUCAGACAGCACUCUAAGAGCAAAGACAACAAAGGCAGUGUACUGGCCUCUGACUGGGAAGAAAUCCCAACUCCUUAGGACUUGAAUUUAUCUCUGGUGUUGUCCUUGGCGGAACAAAAACACAUAUUUUAUCUGCACAGGUCCGUGACAUAAUCUGCCGUUUAUAAAACGUCCUGUGAUGAUUCAUUUCAGUAAAGAGGAACCGUCUCCUCUGCCACUCCUUCCCUAUAAAGUACAGCCAAGUAUGAUGAUCAUCUCUUCUACAUGUGUUUUGAAUCACUAACCAGGUUUCCAUCCAACCUUUUUAUGGGAGUAAAGUACAUGUGGGACAAAAAUAUCAUGGCAGGCUUGAUGGAAACAGAACAUUUGUCUGCAAACUUUACAAAUGUCGACAAAACACAAUAUGAUAGACAAGUUGGGCUCUUUUUGUAUCGGUCAAAUUAAUUACAUGAGAAACGUUGGUGGAAAUUAUUUUAAGUAUUGAUAUAUUAACCAUCAUAUCGAUGUAAACUUGGAGUCGGCUGAUAACAUGUGUGGUUCUCCCACUAUGACUAGUCUGGAAAGUAUUCACCGUUUGGGAACCACUGUAUUGGGCUACAGAUUAAAUAAAGUGUAAGGUGAUCAACUCAA